UUUGAAAUUUAACAGACUCUAAACCAAUGAGCGACUCGCAAGCUCUUUUAAAGACAGUUGAGCGAGAAUCCUAUAUUCAUUGUUUCUGCAUCUCUAACGUAGAGCUGACUAUCUAUCAACAAUGAGCGGAAGAGGCAAAACCGGCGGCAAAGCGAGAGCCAAGGCCAAGACUCGCUCCUCCAGAGCAGGGCUGCAGUUCCCCGUCGGUCGUGUUCACAGACUUCUCCGCAAGGGGAACUACGCCGAGCGCGUCGGUGCCGGAGCUCCCGUCUAUCUGGCGGCUGUGCUCGAGUAUCUGACCGCUGAGAUCCUGGAGUUGGCUGGAAACGCCGCCAGAGACAACAAGAAGACCCGCAUCAUUCCCCGUCACCUGCAGCUGGCGGUGCGCAAUGAUGAGGAGCUCAACAAACUCCUGGGGCGAGUGACCAUCGCUCAGGGCGGCGUGCUGCCCAACAUCCAGGCCGUGCUGCUGCCCAAGAAGACCGAGAAACCCGCCAAAGCCAAGUAAACCGAGUCCGCUCUGUUUCUGAAACACAAAGGCUCUUUUAAGAGCCACCCAUUUUAUCAAUAGAAGAACGUUUUUCUGACAUACGAUUCGGUUCAUAGAGACGAUCGGUCAAUAAACAUAUGCAAGUAGAUUUGCACCACAUCAACUAAACUAGACAAUUGUACUUUAAGUACAACUAAUUAAAAACGUAAACACUUCAGACAGACAAACCAGAAUGGUCUUUAUUUGGUAAGAGUAAGCAAAAACUAUUUGCUGUGGUUACAUGUAUUAAACACAUGAAUACAUAGAAGACAAGAGAAAAAAUUG